AUGAUUAGGCGAUUUAAAUCGACCAGCUCUUCUAAAAGAUGGCUCGAAAGACACGUAAGUGAUCAAUUCACUCGUCAGUCAAAGAUACUCAACUACAAAAGUCGUGCUGCUUUCAAGCUUAUAGAGAUUAAUAAUAAGUUUCGAAUCUUCAAUAAAUCCUCAAGGAAUAUUCUUGAUCUUGGAUAUGCUCCAGGGAGUUGGUCACAAGUUGCUGCACAAGAGAUGCAGAAAAAGGGAGUCACUCCUCAAAUCCUUGGAGUGGACUUAAUUCGGUCCAGUCCUCCAAAAGGAAUAUCAUUCAUUCAAGGUGAUUUCUUGAAUCCAGAUGUUCAGUCUCAGAUAUUUGGUCAUUUUAACAAUAGUCCUGUAAACCUAAUAUUAAGUGACAUGAUGACGAACACCACUGGAAUCAAGGAUAUUGAUCAUCUUGGAAGCAUGGAUUUAUGCCACUCGGUUUUGCAACUUUCACAAGCACUUCUUAACAAAAAUGGAAGUGUCGUAAUGAAGUUUUUCAUGGGCAAAGAGCAAGAGUUGAUCGAGAGCAAACUUCGAGAAAUGUUUGCUAAGGUAUACACGUUCAAACCCCAAAGUUCUCGGGAUGAACUGAGAGAGCAAUUCUUCAUCGGUAUGAAGAAACGGUUGAGAAGUAGUGAGGAGAAAGAUUAG